AUGGCGGACAAGGAGGCAACCGUUUACAUCGUGGAUGUGGGCAAAUCCAUGGGCGAGCGUCGUCAUGGCCGCUCCGUGACCGAUCUCGAAUGGUCGAUGCAGUAUGUCUGGGAGCGCAUCACCGGGACGGUAGCAACUGGGCGCAAAACAGCCACUGUGGGCGUACUCGGCCUUCGGACAGAUGAAACGGACAACGAGCUCGGAGAUGAAGCCUACUUUGCGAACAUUUCGGUAUUUUCGGGGAUCAAACAGUUCCUCAUGCCCGAUCUACGGAAGUUGGGUGAAGACAUAAAGCCCAGUAAUACAAACAGGGGAGACGCGAUUUCUGCCAUCGUCUUGGCCGUCCAGAUGAUCAUCACUUACUGCAAAAAGUUGAAAUACAAGCGCAAGAUCGUCCUGGUCACGGAUGGUCAGGGGCGAAUGAGCAGCGAGAAUCUCGAUGAGAUCACGAAGAAAAUCAAGGAGGAUAACAUUGAACUCGUCGUACUAGGAGCCGACUUCGACGAUCCUGAGUACGGGGUAAAAGAAGAGGACAAAGACCCUCGAAAGGCCGAAAACGAGACACUUCUGCGGAGCUUGGUCGAAGAUUGCGAUGGAGUCUACGGAACGUUAGAACAAGCAGUGUCAGAGCUGGAGAUCCCUAGAGUGAAAAGCGUCCGGGUGACAGCUUCCUUCAAAGGCUUUCUUCAACUGGGGAACUCGGAGGAAUAUGACACGGCAGUUCGCAUCCCUGUGGAACGUUACUUCAGAACCCACGUGGCCAAGCCACCCACGGCAAGUCAAUUUGUUCUGCGCUCAGAUGUAAAUGAGCAAGAAAAUCCCGAAUCAUCUGCGACUCUAGACGUCCAUAAAGACAGUCAGUCCACGGACGCGAACAAUCUCACAGCCGUACGACCUCUGCGAACGUACCAGAUUGACGACGAGAGCGCACCCGGUGGUAAGAUUGAUGUGGAGCGAGACCAACUAGCCAAAGGCUACGAGUAUGGUCGAACCGCAGUUCACAUCGACGAGACCGACGAGGGCAUCACGACUCUCGACACAUUCGCUGGUCUGGAACUGCUCGGCUUUAUCCAAACUGAUAAUUAUGAUCGCUACAUGCAUAUGUCAACGACCAACAUCAUCAUCGCCCAGCGUGCCAAUGACAAGGCGGCCCUCGCUCUUUCCUCCUUCAUUCAUGCACUUUUUGAAUUAGACUGCUACGCCGUAGCUCGUCUAGUAACGAAGGAGAACAAACCGCCAAACGUGGUCCUACUUGCCCCCUCAAUCGAACCGGAUUACGAAUGUCUCAUGGAGGCGCAGUUGCCAUUUGCCGAAGACGUCCGCACCUACCGUUUCCCUCCGCUGGACAGAGUAAUCACGGUCUCGGGCAAGGUAGUGACACAACAUCGAAAUCUUCCCAGCGAUGACUUACAAAAUGCCAUGGACAAAUACGUGAACAGUAUGGAGAUGGUCGAUACGGAUGAUGAUGGUAACCCCAUCGAUACCGUCCCAAUCGAAGACUCAUUCUCGCCGCUCCUCCAUCGAACCGCAGCCGCGAUCCGCUCUCGAGCCAUCCAUCCCAACGAACCGAUCCCACCUCCCUCCAGCACCCUCCUCAAAUUCUCUCAACCCGCAGAGGACCUCGUCGAAAAGUCCAAGAAACACCUCGAUAGACUCAUCGCGGAAGCCGACGUCAAGAAAGUACCGCCCAAGACCAAGGGCCGUAAACGAGCCCGGGAGAACGAGAAGCCCCUGUCAGGUCUCGACGUCGAUUCUCUGCUUCAGCAAGAAAAACGUGCCAAGAUCUCGCCCAACAAUGCCAUCCCGGAGUUCAAGCAGACUCUGGCGCAGCCCGAAAACAUCGACGUUAUCAAGGACGCUGUCAAGCAGAUAGCUGUCAUUAUUGAGGAUCAGAUCCGUCACAGCUUCGGCGAUGCGAACUACGAUCGGGUUAAUGAGGAACUGGGAGUUAUGCGGGAAGAGCUGAUAGAGUACGAGGAGCCUACGCUGUAUAACGACUUCUUGGUCUCGCUGAAAGAGAAGCUGUUGAAGGAGGAGCUGGGCGGUGAUCGGCGGGAACUGUGGUGGCUGAUUCGACGAAGCAAGCUGGGCUUGAUCGAUCAGGGGCAGUCUGAUCAGUCGAAAGUAACCGAAGAAGAAGCGAAGGAGUUUAUGUCUGCCAAGUGA